CUCCUUUCAAAAAAAAAAAAAAAAGGCAGGAAGUUCUGAGCAGCUAGCCGAGUAGCCGACGGCGGCCAGGCCAAUAUAACUGCCGUAACGAACCAACAAACGCCGCUCUCUCCUCUCCAUAAACAACAGCGACCAGCAGCCUCGUGACCGGAGGAGAGGAGCGCGCGCUCGAGGCGAGAUCAAAAGGCAAGGGGCGGGGGACGCGCGCGAAGGCAGGGGAGGGCGUGGGCGGCGUCGAGGCUGGCCGCCGCGAGGAUCCCGGCGCCGGUGCGCGCUGUCAUGGCCUGGUGGAGGAAGAAGGUGGUCUUCCCGACGCACCGCGCGUGGGCCGCCGUCUCCACCCGCGUCCGCUCGAGCAAGACAGGCAGUGGAGGCAGCAUUCUGAAGCUUCACGAGGAUGUGCAAACCUGUGGGUACAAGGACGUGCAGGUGAUGUUCGAGAUUCUGAGGACCGAGCUGGAGAUGUCAUCGCACGCCCCGAAGCAGCAGCUCAAGCGGCGGCCGCCGUCGCCGUGGUCCAGCCGAUCAUCGUCGAUGAUCGCGGCCGCGCAAUAGAGACCACGACGUUGAUGGACAUGGAACGGAAAGCUGCGCAUCAUGUCUGAUGGCGCCGGUUAAUAAGCAAUUACGAACACUGAUGGUAGCUAGUAUUAUUUGGCACUGAACGGUUGGUGCCAAGGCAUCAGGCAUCCCCCUGCCCCGUCCGUCCGGUGAAAGAGCGACGAAUCCAGCAGCGCCAAGGUAUAAAGUGCAGGGAACCACCUUUUGGUGUGGUGGCGGAGGCGUGAGGUUACGACUCCAUCUACUAGAGUUUAAAUCUUGGUGCUCACUAUUUACGCAUAUAGGAAUGUCUUCAGCGGUAUUAUCUGUAGGUGUGUGUGGUGUAAAUAUGUAGUGAUAUGUGCGUGUGUAUAUCAUCUUGUAAUCGAAAAAAGGGUGUAAAGUGUGCCAUGAGGCUCUGAAUGUUUGUACAUACUGCAUUGCAUUUGUGUUGAAUUUUUCGCAAACUCGGUUGAAGGAUGGAGCAAGUGGGGUUUAUUUUUC